ACGGGAUCGCGCUGUUGUGGCAGUCAGAUACACACACGCGCGCGCACACCAGCAAAAGCUUUCACUGUCUGUCCAGCGUGUUCGUGUGAACGGGUUGUUGCGCUUUUCCCUGGAUCUAGAAAACCACACGGGCUCGAUACAUCACAAUGCGUGGCUGAGGAGAACCAUUCAGGAUUCUGGUUUAAAAUCCCCCGUUUUCCCACCUUGACCGCGCAAACUGAGGAUCCGGCCAGCGCGGCGAUCAUGUCGGGGAAAAUAGAAAGCAAGCACGAGUCUCAGAAGUCUCAUCUAUCCUCAUUCACUAUGAAACUGAUGAAAUUUCAUUCUCCGAAAAAUAAACGAACUCCAUCAAAGAAAGGCAAACAGCCACCACCCGAGCUCAUCGUAACCACACCAGAGAAACCUGUCAACAAGAAGGUGAGCCGAUUGGAGGAACAGGAGAAAGAUGUGGUGAGCGCUCUGCGAUAUUUCAAGACGAUCGUGGACAAGAUGAGCGUAGACACCAAAGUUUUACAGAUGCUUCCCGGAUCAGCCAGUAAAGUCCUGGAGGCCAUACUGCCGCUGAUGCAGGGAGAAGCUCGGGUUCAACACAGCUCGGUGUUGUCCUCCUGUCAUAACCGUGUGUGUCAGAGUUUGGCUAAUCUUAUUCGCUGGUCGGAUCAGGUGAUGCUGGAAGGUAUCGACCUUGACGACAAGGAAACUGUGACAACCGUUACCACGGUGAUCAAAGCUGUGCUGGAUGGUGUUAAGGAGCUGGUGAAACUCACUAUAGAGAAACAAGAGCAACCAUCUCCGACGUCCCCUAGCAAACCAGCGCCCCCUGUGACCAUAACAGACAGUGUUUGUGAAAAUCCCUUAACGGAACGAGAGAAGGCAAUCCUGAGUAAGACCACGCCCAUAGUCACGCCCACAGACAGCUUGACUGACAUGUCAGAGGAGGAGGUGGCUCCGCCCAAGCCACCUCUACCAGGGCAGAAACUGGCAGAACACAGGACCAGGAUGCAGAUGUGCACCGAUCCUGUUGCCGGGCAGCGGAGAGCCACAGCGAUGGAAAUCCCGCCCGCUCUGCCACCGAAGAGGCGACAGUCUGCCGCCUCACCCACUCGUGUUGCCGUGGUAGCGCCGAUGAGUCGAAUCCCACGUGGUAACAGUCUGACUCCGGGAUCUCGCCGACAGCAGCAGGAGUUUGAUGUCGAUCUUCUCCAGAGACGUUUCUCCGGUGGCAGUCAGUCGUACGGAGGAGAUUCUCCUCGUCUCUCUCCCUGUAACAGUAUGGGAAAACUGAGCAAGUCAGACGAACAGCUUUCUUCUCUGGAGCGAGACAGUGGGCAGUGUUCGCGAAACACUAGCUGUGAAACACUCGAGGGAUACGAUCCCGAUUACGACUUCCUGAAUCAGGAUCUGUCCGUUUCCGAUCCCUUACCGUUUCCCACGGGUCCAUGCAGCAGUCUGAGCCCGCUCCCAGAAUGCUACGGAGAAUCCCAGUCGCUAAGCCCCGCCCAAUGUCCAACACAUCCCCGGUUUAGUGCUCCCGUGACCAGUCAUUCUUCCCUGGACUACUGUACUCCGCCCCUCACGCCAGGACCCAACAAUAGCACGCUCCCCCCCGCCCUCCCGCAGAAAAAACGCAGAUCUGUGCCAAUCAUAUCGCCCUAUCCUCUGUACGAGCGCCUUCCUUCACACUACGACAACCUAUCGGAAGAGGAUCAGUCGACGCCGCCCUUCCCCGUGUUGACGCCGGUCUCCCCCUUACCGCAGGUCAACGGCAGGGAUGACCUCUCGCAGGGUACCGACCCCGAGAGCCCACCACCAUUACCAGAAAAGAAGGGAAAACAAAUCUUGCAGUACAUGCAGUUUGUUGAGGAUUACUCCGAACCUCAGCCGUCUGUGUUUUAUCAGAUGCCUCAGAACGAGAGUAUUUACGAGCAGCGGAGGAAUAAGCGAUUUCAGGAGGUUUACGGCUCAAAUGAUUCCUACAGCAGUUCGGAUUCGGUUCACGAGCCCGUGCCACCGCCCGCCCUGCCGCCCAAACAGAGACAGCUGGCUUCCCACACCUCUCCUUCUACUUUAUCAUCAUCAUCAUCAGCUUCUUUUUCUCCUCUUCCCCUUCCUGUUGGCCUUCAGGAGGAGGCGGAGCCUGCUCUUGGUCUCAGCCUAUCAGUAUCUAACUCUUUCCUCAGUGGCCACGCCUCUUUGACCACACCUGUGAGUUCCGACCUGGUUGGCUUGACCAAUGCCAGCAGAGCUCUUGAUGGUGGUGGUGUCUCUAACGGGUCCUUGACCAGUUCUCUGGUCUCUCUGGCCGUCUGUCUUCCUUCCGAGUCGUCUCUCUCUGACUCUCUUCUUACCUCGGCGAGUGAAAGUGUUGAUGAAUGUGGAGAAGGGGAGUAUGUGAACCUAUACGCAUCCACGCAGGCCAACGGCGACAACACACAUCACACUGACACCUUAACAUCUGAUGAUGGCCUUAAUGACCACGCCCCUCACAUACCUUCAUCCAAUAGCAAAGAGGCGUUGUCUAAGGACAGAUUGAAGGAAUCCAGUCAUGGACAGAUCAUAGAGGAUAUUGAUGAACUGUCUCUCAUUGAUCACAGCGAGAUUAUGAGCCUAAUAACACUCAAAGCAGAGAAUGAUGACGGUCCAGAUGUAAGAGCCGGAUCUGGUGAUAUACUUUUAGUUCACGCUACAGAAACGGAUCGCAAAGAUUUGGUGUUGUACUGUGAGGCUUUUCUCACCACAUACCGAACCUUCAUAUCACCUGAGGACCUCAUCAAAAAAUUACACUACAGGUAUACUCGAUUCUGUCACAGUCCAGACACCUUUAAGAAACGUGUCAGUAAAAACACAUUCUUCGUGUUGGUGAGAGUUGUGGAUGAACUCUGUCUGGUGGAGUUGACGGAGGACAUUCUCAGGCAGUUGAUGGAUCUGGUGUUUCGUCUGGUCUGUAACGGAGAACUGAGUCUGGCUCGGGUUCUGCGGAAGAACAUUCUGGAUAAAGUGGAACAGAAGAAACUCCUGCGACACAUACACGCUCUCAAACCUCUCGCCGCACGAGGCGUCUCAGCCAGGCCCGGCACGCUGCAUGAUUUCCGCAGUCAUGAGGUCGCUGAUCAGCUGACACUGCUGGACGCAGAACUUUUCUAUAAGAUUGAGAUUCCUGAGGUGCUGCUUUGGGCAAAGGAACAGAAUGAAGAAAAGAGUCCAAAUCUGACCCAGUUCACCGAGCACUUUAACAACAUGAGCUACUGGGUGCGCUCUAUCAUUAUUCAACAGGAGAAAGCUCAAGACAGAGAGAAACUGCUGCUUAAAUUCAUUAAGAUCAUGAAGCACCUGCGGAAACUGAACAAUUUCAACUCUUAUUUGGCGAUUCUUUCUGCGCUGGACUCUGCACCAAUCAGACGGCUGGAAUGGCAGAAACAAACAUCUGAGGGCUUGGAAGAGUACUGCACUUUGAUUGACAGCUCCUCAUCUUUCCGAGCAUACAGAGCAGCGCUAGCUGAAGUUGAACCUCCGUGUAUUCCCUACCUGGGAUUGAUUUUACAAGACCUGACGUUUGUUCACCUUGGAAACCCGGAUUUUAUUGACGGGAAAGUGAAUUUCUCCAAACGUUGGCAACAGUUUAACAUUCUGGACAGCAUGAGACGCUUCCAGCAAGCACACUACGAACUGAAACGGAACGAAGACAUCGUCUGUUUCUUCAAUGACUUUAGUGAUCACCUUGCGGAGGAGGCGUUAUGGGAACUUUCGCUUAAGAUCAAACCACGAAACAUCUCCCGGCGCAGAACCGAACGAGAGGAGAAGACCUAGGACCUCGUAUCUUGAACCUCAGUGACAAUUUAUGGUGAGACCCGAACCACCUGCAGAACCUUGGGAACCCAUGCUAGCUCUUUUCUGAUUAUGAAACUGACUGAACCAGUAAUGGCUCCGAUUUGCACCAAUAAACUGCAAAACCCAGCAGUAUUUUUUAGCUCAGUAUAAAUAAAUAAACGCUUACAGACAUACACGUAGCACACAUAAAGCGCUCAAGAGGACUCAAACGCUAAAUCCUUGUGCGCGCGUGCAUGUGUACUUACACUCAAAGAGGGCUCGGUUCAUUUAAUAAUAAUAAUACACUGUGCCUGUUGGAGUGAGUAAAUUUUUGUUUGUCCUGUUCGGACGUUUCCAUUUGGCCUUCCAAAGGUCAGUCGUUUUUUCCGACUCGACGGCUGAGUUUAACGUCACCAGUUUCAACAUGCGUUUGUUUGGAGCUGUGCAACCUGCAAAUAACCUUCAGACCGGACGACUGGGAUGUGGACGUACAACUGUGCAAUCUCACAGAUUGAUAUCAAAUAUUCACUUAUCUGUUGAAUUAAAAUGCAUUUGACAGACAGUGAGUAAUGGACUGUAUGGAAUAUAAUAAUUUAAAAAAGAUAGAUGACAUUCAGACUGGCAUUACUUUUGUUUUGUGUGUGUGACCAUGUUCGACACUCAUAACUGUUUACUGUCACUGUGCCCUGUCUGUGUACAUUUCCAGAACUUGUUUGGGUCAUAUUUCACCCUAAAAUAUAAAAUAAACAAAUAUUUUUCUAGCAGUAAGAUUUAUUAAAUUAUGACUUUAAUGUCAAACACAUUUUUCCCCUUACAAUAGCAUACAAUAAUAAUGUAAAAAUCAUUUUCAUGUUACUAUAAUGCAAAGAGAGAUAUAUUUAAAUAUAACUGGGUCUCAUUCACUAACAUGAUCUGAACAAAUGUAAAUGUUUUUCUGCUAUGAUUUGGUGCAUUGAAAGAAAGAUUUUGAGGACAUUCGUUUAGGUUGUGUUUAAUGAAUGAUGCUUACACUGCAAAAAAAUGACUUUCUAACUUAGUCUUGUUUUCAGUAGAAAUAUAAAAAAUAUAUAUAUUUUCUUGAUGCGCAAAAUGACCAAAAUAAGACCAGAAAUAUACAAUUUAAGUGAAUUUGUGCUUAAAACAAGCAAAAAUAUCUGCCAAUGGUGUGAGAAAAAAUCUUGAAAUAAGAUUUCUUUUUUCUUAAACACUUAAUUCAAGCUACAUUUUCUCACCUCAUUGGCAGAUAUUUUUGCUUGUUUAAAGCACACAUUUGCUUAAAUUGUAUAUUUUUUGACUAAAAACUUGCCUUUUUUAGGUCAUUUUGCUCAUCAAGAAUGCAUCUUAAUUUAAGAAUAUUUAGAUAUUUGUACUGAAAACAAGACAAAAAAACUCAGUAAGAAAGUCAUUUUUUGCAGUGCAGUGUAUUCUGAUUUUUCAGAUUAUGAUAACUUGGAUUUACAGGGGAAAUGUUAUUAUAAUUGUCAUUAAAAACCUAAUUAAUGGUCGUCAAAUUAUUAUUUGGCUGUUAUACUGCAAAAAAAUAUUUUCAAGAAAACAAUCUAAGUAUUUUUGUCUUGUUUUCAAUAAAAAUUCUUAAAUUAAGAUGCUUUUUCUUGAUGCGGUAAGCAAAAAAAUCUUGAACGUUUUUCUUAAACACUAAAUUAAAGAAAAAUGUGCUUACCCCAUUGGCAGAUUUUAGUUUUAUGCACAAAAUUAUUAAAUAAUUUUGAUAUUUUUGGUCUAAAAACUAGACUUAUUUUCUUGGGUCGUUUUGCUCAUCAAGAAAAAGCAUCUUAAUUUAAGAAUUUUUAGAUAUUUUUACUGACAACAAGACAAAAAUACUAAGAAUUUUUUCUUGAAAAUCUUUUUUUGCAGUGUAGGGAUGAAAUAGGACAGGGUUCAAAUGUUAAAUUGUUUUGGGAGAAUAUAAGAUAUUUUGUGGUGAAAUAUGACCUGGACAUGAGCUUGAUGUUUUCCCGCAGCCAAUUAUAAUGUCAAUGUCCGGAGCUCAGUGUGUAUGUUUCAGGUUUAUUUGGGAUGUGUAUGAUAUGUACUGUAUAAAUGUAUGUAUAGAAGUUAUGUAUAAUCUCUGAUCAUAUAGAGGGCAGUUAUGAGGAAAUAUAUUUUCAAACCAAAUAAAUCAUGCACUAAAAUAUCUAUCAUAAAGCAAAAAACACAAGGACUGAAUAUGCUGUGAUCUCAGAGAGAGAGAGAGAAAGUUUGUGUGUUUUCUACUGGGAGUUGGAAAGCAAAGUUUGCUUUCUUCAAUGUGCGCGUGUGUUUGUGUGUGAUGUUGAUGUUUAUCAUCUCUUGGGAUUUUUUUUCCUGUUACACCUAUAAUGUCCUGUAUAUUCAACCACCAAUAAAACUGCUCUCUUUGUAA